AUGAUCAGAGUUAGACUGGAAGUUAAAAUGAGUGCAUCUAACAUUAACAUUAAUGUUCGGCAAGAUUCAUUGUCCUUCGAUGUAUUGGAUGAAUGGCUGACCCCUUCUAAGGCACAGAAGUCAUCUUCCUUAUUAAUGAACAAUCCACAUUUAAGUCAAGAGAUUCAUUCGGCCAUAGUUACGGAACGUUUCAGUUCUAUAUCAUCUAUUUGUAAUCAAUUGUUUCAAUUAUAUCGUGAUUCUAAAGCUAGAUCUUUUGUAUUACAAUUUUUACCAACAUUUUUGUCAACAUAUUAUGAUGUACUCUAUGAAAAAGAUGAAGAAACAAAGGGUGUUGUUGAUGAUGCCGUUGACGAAAGAGUUCAUGAAUUUCGUGUACCAAAUUUGGCAUCACCCUCCAUUUAUCAUGUACCAAAUCCUGAUCAAUAUGCUCAUACACCGUUGACACAAAAUGCUAUAUCAAAACAUGAAAAAAUUUGUGAAAUAAUUCGUUUACAAACAUUUAUUCCAUUUGAUUCGGUUAAUGCUACUACAAGAGAACAAAUCAUGUGGUUUUUACUAAUACAGUAUGGUAUGAAUAUAUCAUUAAUGGAUGAUUAUUCUCGAUAUGCCUAUUUGUCUAUGUGUAAAAAGCUAAUUGGACAAGGUUUUAAUUUUAAUGAUGAUAAUACUAAUUCAUCAACAGAAGAAGAGAGACCACAACAACAAACUCAAUCAAUAUUACCACCAACUGGUCGACGUAUACCAAUUUCAAGUCGUAUUAUGACAGAAAUACUUGGAUCAUUGUAUUAUUUUAAGGCAAAUUAUUCAGAUAAAGACGUCGGUGAAUGUAUGAGAUUAUUAAAACAUCGUGCAGAUUAUGAAAUGUAUCCAGAUGUUAUAUUAAUGACUGAAUCUAUGGCAUGUCUACAUGAGUUUGAAACACAACGUUAUGAAAAUAAUGAUACAAUGGGCAUUCCUCUUGAAGUUCCACCAACGGCUGAUGUUGUCAAACAAAAAAGAUCAGCAACCACCGCUAGAUCAAUGAAAAUUAAACAAAAACAUCAUCAUAGAACAACAACAGCAAACACAACAAGUGUAGGCGACAUAGAACAGUCACAACAAGAUGCAUCCACAGAAAAUACGAAUACAGACACCAUCGAGUACCUAAAUUUUGUUCCCGCUCCAUCUGAAGCAUCUGCAACAGACAUACAACUGAGUCCAUCUCCGUCAGCCCCAAUAACAAAUCCACUAGAAAAUCAAUCACCAACAACAAUAAAUAAAAUAUUUUCACCAAAAAAUGAAAUACAAAUUGGUCGUUUUCAUACAGAAAAUGUUGCCAUUUCUAAUGAUGAUAAUAAUGAUGUUAUAUAUCCAUCUUCUAUUCAAACAACAACAAUGUCAUUACCACAAAAAACAACUCGAAUAGCAUCAUCCAUUGGACUAGCAAAAGAUAAUUCAUCACCAAAAACAACACAAAGAAUAAAACCGUCGUUAUUAACAUCUAGUCAACAGUAUUACAAUUCAAUUCAACAACAACAAUUCAAAGGAACAUCAGCGAUAAUCUCUUCCAAACAAAUUAUACAUGAGUCAGAUAAUGAUAAUGAACAAAACAAUAAGAUGAUUGUAACAAAUCAUAAAAACGUUGAUACAGAUGAAAAUGAAUCGGAUUCAACGACAUCUCCAUCAUCGAGAGAUGCUAUUUUACCAUCACCAUCUCCACAACAGUUAACAGUAUCUUCUCCUCGUAAACAUUCGAAUUUGUCAACUAGUCAUGACAAAAAGCAUCAUCAUCAUGAUACUACGGUGAGAUUUACUACUGAAAGCAAAAAGACACAUUCCGAUAGUUGCGAAGAGACAUAUCUUUAG